AUGCUGCCAAAUCAUCAUUACGAAAGGAUAGCUGUUGCUGAGGCUGACCUCGCCGCUCAUAAUGACAAGUUGAUUGUUUGUGCCCAGAAGGUGCACUUCUUCCUUUGUGCCAAAGAAGCAGCCGGACAGACUUCAGCGAAGCAGCUCCAGCUCUACAAUAACGCUGUUAGCUGGCUGAGCGAUCUGAAGGCUGUGUUUGACGACAUUGUUGCCUCUUAG